AUGCAUUUGAAUACAGUUUUCUAUUUGUUUUUUGUCGCUGUUUUCAAUAUUUUUAUUGAUGCUGGACUUGUUUCAUUACAACAUGUCGAUAAUCAGCCACUUACUAUCAAUGCAAUAUCAACUAAUGAUGUACCUAUUGUUCCAACAAUGAAUCGAGCUAUGAAAUCACCAGUACAUGCUAAUACUUCAAUAUGCUAUCCAGUUGUUGGCUGUUUUGAUAAUAAUGCUCCAUUUACUAAUGCUGCUUUUGAAAUACCACAAUCACCUGAAUUUAUUGAUACACAAUUUCUUCUAUUUACACAAGAAACACCUACUAAUCCAGAAUUUCUUUUCUAUAAUGGUAAUGAUAAAUCAAUUGUAGAAUCAAAUCUUAAUUCAUCUCGAUGGUUAAGAAUAAUUGUACAUGGUUUUAUCAAUAAUCGAGAUAGUAUUUGGAUAAAACCACUUAAAGAUGAAUUAUUGACAUUAAAAGAUAAUGAAAUAUCUGAUGUACUUGUUAUGGAUUGGGGUAAUGGUGCUAAAGCUCCAUUAUAUGCUAAUGCUGCUUCGAAUACACGUCUCGUUGGUAAACAACUUGGUUUACUUUUAAAGAAAAUACAUGAAAUGAAAGGUUUUUCAUAUGAUAAAAUUCACUGUAUUGGACAUAGUCUUGGCGCACAUACAUGUGGUACAGCAUCGAAUGUAGUUGAUAAUCAAUUGGCUCGUAUUUCAGGUCUUGAUCCUGCUGGUCCAUAUUUUGAGGGAACAACUUCACUGGUUCGUCUUGAUCAAACUGAUGCUAAAUUUGUGGAUGUUAUUCAUACAAAUACAGAAAUAGCUCUUGGAAUGGGUCUUGGAUUAAAAGAUCAAUCUGGACAUGUCGAUUUUUAUGUUAAUGGUGGUCAACAUCAACCAGGUUGCCCUUCAAUGACUUCACUUUUUGGCAAUCUCUUAGGUGGUCAAAGUGACGCUAUGGUUGAACAAACAUCAUGUUCUCAUGCUCGUGCUCAUGGAUAUUUCACUGAAUCAAUCAAUUCACAAUGUCCAUAUGUAGCUUUUCCAUGUGAUAAUUAUGAUAACUUUAGCAAUGGCAAAUGUUUUACUUGUCCAGCAUCUGGUUGUGCUCAAAUGGGUUUUCAUUCAAUUUAUUCACUUGGUCGUGGUGAUAUGUAUUUAACAACAAAAAGUGUUUCACCAUUUUGUGGUUAUCAUCAUAGUAUUGAACUUACAAUUGCUCAUGAUAUGCCUAAAACAAGUGGCGAAAUUUAUGUUGCAAUUCAUUCAAAUUAUGAAAUGUUAGCCAAUGUUAGUAUGACUUCAAAAUCAAAUGCUGAUAUACAAGCCGGUGAUGUAUUUCGUCGUAUUUUUAGCUAUAAUGCUGAUAUGGGUAAUGUUGAUUAUGCUAUUGUAUAUUUUAAUAAAGGAAAAAGUUUUUUUGGUUUGGGUGGUCCAAAAGGUAAUGAAAUUGUUAUUUCAAAUCUUCGUUUAAAAUCAGUUGAAGAUACAAUUAUAUACAGUGGACUUUGUCAAACAAAUACAAAGAUAUCAGCAUAUACUUCUCAAACAGUUUUACUCGAUCGUUCUGAUUGUCAUACUUGA